AAGUGAAACUCUGAGCGACAGAAAGUCAAGACACGGAAAGAAUCCUGUGGCACAUCAAAGUUAGUUUAUUAAGUUUUCGACCCGAAGAAGAGGUGAUUUUUUUUUAGUGAAAUACAGAAGACGGAAGUUUUCGCUCUUGUGGCCGUAAAGUGUCGCUGAGUGGGCGAGUCGGCGGCGCCCUAACCUGUAAAGUUCUGUGAGCUGAGCACCAGGCCGGUGCUGGUGGGAGUGGGUUCUGUGAUGGAUAGGCGGAUCCUGGCCAAAAUAGACGACGAGCUGGAGUCCACUGAGGUGGCAGAGCUUUGCUUCUUGUGUCGGGAUGUCAUCAGCGGGAAACGGCUUGAGGGGAUCACGGAUGCAAAGCAGCUGUUCUUGAGACUAGAAGAAAAAGGUUUGCUGGAGAACAAUUAUUUUCUUUCGCAGCUGCUCCGCACCAUCCGUCGAGCGGAUCUCCUCAGCCACAUUGAGACCGACAGCAGACAGGCAGAGGAAACGGACGCUCAACCUGCCCUGUCACAAUACAGGAUGAUGCUGUACAAAAUAUACGAUGACAUGACUAAGGAGAAUCUGGAAAAGUUGAAGUUUCUGUUCAACAAUGACCAACGCAGAAAAAUGGAGCUGUGCAAUACAGCCCUGGAUGUGUUUGUUGAAAUGGAGAAGGUAGGAUCGUUAUCAAAUGGAAAUCUUUCUGCGCUGUAUGACAUGCUGCGAGAGAUUGAUCAACAGCUGGCAUCAACUGUACAGAAUUACAUGCAAGGAGUGCCCCGGCAGCAUCAACCCAGUUUACCUGUCAGCGUGGAUUUGCAGAGGGUCAACAACACUCCUCGGCCACAACCUUUUCUGUCCAUACCUGAGUCUCAGCUCAGCUGUGAGAGCGAGAGCGUUUACGCUGAUGCACAAUCACCCACAGAGCCCUCUCCACCUCCUGAUCCUGAUUCGAUGGACUAUUAUGCUCUGACUCAUAAUCCUCGUGGUUUGUGUGUGGUCAUCAACAAUGAGAACUUUUUGGGAAUAGGGCUGAAAAGUCGAGGAGGAACUCAGGAGGAUGCACAAGCUCUGAAGGAUGUGUUCACCCGCUUUGGCUUUGAAGUGGAGAUACACAACAACCUGACUGCAGGAAAUAUGCGAACUGUCAUACGCAUGCUAGGCCAAAGAAAUUUUUUGAGAGAUGAUGCCCUGGUGGUGUGUGUGCUUUCCCACGGACUAAAAGACAUUGUCUAUGGCACUGAUGAAGAGCAGGUGAAGCUGUCAGAACUGACAGAGCCUUUCAAAAGUAAUGCAGCGCGCACCUUGGCAGGGAAACCCAAGCUCUUCUUCAUCCAAGCAUGCCAGGGUCGUCAGUACCAGAGAGGAGCUGUGCCUUGCCUCCCAACACAAGCACAGGCGGAGGUGGAAACACUAAGCCACUGGGAGGCAGAUGCAGGACCUCUCUCCAACGAGACGGUGCCCUGGGACGCGGACUUCUUGAUAGGCAUGGCCACUGUGCCAAACUGCAUGUCGUUUCGAAACACUGCCACAGGCUCCAUCUACAUCCAGGAGCUGUGCCGGCAGCUAAGGAAAGCAGCAGAAAGCUCGGAGAAGGAUGACAUCAACACUGUCCUGACCCGUGUGAACAGGGAGGUCAGCAGAAGGGAGUAUUUAGCCUACAAGCAAAUGCCAGAGCCCAAAUACACGCUCACCAAGAAGCUCGUCCUCAAGUACGUCUCAGCUGACCUGGACCACGUGCAGAAGUGAAGAUUUGUCACAUUGACGGAUUCACAUGAACCUGAUUGUUUACAGUAUUUUUGACUGUGUGUGUGUGUGUCUGUGUGUGUGAUACAGAUGGUUGGAUGAAUUUCUUGAGAAUCUUGUGAAUUGAAAAAACCUACAAUCAGGGUAAAUAAAUUGUCUUAGUGUUGUUAAAAUCUUGUAAUUUUCUCGUCAUUUUUCAAAAUAAACACAAAGGCAACAUUUGGAA